AACAGUGGUCGUCAGUCUGCCAGAGGGAAACACUCUGGGUGUUUUGUGGAUUGUGUUAGAAACAUUCACCCCAAAACCUGACAUGUUUGGUAUCUUUGGAAACUUUGUGAUCUCCACCAGAAAUUUAAAUGAAGUUUUGUACAUUUUCUCUAAACGACCUGGCCUGGACUAGAGGGUAAAAAACCUCUUUCAGCAAAGAAAUGAAAAUUUAAAUACUGCAGUUUGUCUGUAGCAGCAGAAGGAAGUGAGUGCAGUGUUGUUGUUGUUGCUGCUGCUUCUGGUCUUUAUUAUUUAUUUAACAGAUAUCCAGGAUAUUUACUCCUCCACUGACUCAUGUUCAUCCAGAGGGUUCAGCGUCUUGUGAUCAGACAUUGCUUGAUGGCAUCAAUGCAGCUUUAAAUAAAUGUGGACAUAACAACGUGGAAUCAUUUACAGUAGACAUUUACACUUCACUCAGAUCAAACUAAUGCAGGAAUAGUCAGCAUUGGGCUCAUUUGAAAAGGGAAACAAUGUGUUCCAGAUUCAAUUCCUGUUGAAGAGCCUUAUGAUGUUGGCGAUGAGGACUGGCUCCCAGUUGGUGCUGGAGCUGAGGUCAUGGUUCUCCCACAGCAAACUGGAAAAACACUUUAACAGAGCUGGUUUUGUCCAUGUAGGCGAUAUCAUAUUAAAACAGAGUUGGAAGCAUACUGUUUACUCAUGAAUUGCAUGUUCUGCAGUUUGCUGCUUUGCUUAACAUGUCCCUGCAGGCAGCCGUGCGCUCCAAACCAAAGACCAAACACUUAUCAGAAGUGAAACAUCAGUAUAGGUCUUCAAACCCACCAGCACGGUUCAGUAGAGCUGCAGCUCUCCUGAGUAUUCUCUCUACAAAGUGUCAGAAAACUGAAAUGUUGCACGGCAGUGGGAUGAUGUCUCCAGGUGUCCCAUUUGGUCUGACAGUCCACAGAAAUCUGCUCAUUACAGAGAUGCGCAACUGUGAAAUGAGCAACUCUGCACAUUUGAGGAGCUGGAACCAGACAAUCUGAACUGAUGAUCUGUGGAUUAGUCAGUCGACUAAUUCGCUGCCAUAGUUAGCUGUGUUAACUGUGCCCGGUGAACCCUGAGGGCCCUGCUUGCAGAGCAGUGUUUCUCCUGCAGCAGGUCUGCUGAUAAACCUUCCUCUGUCUGGAGGUGAACGCUGAUGGAGAGGGUGAGAGGUGACCUCUCCACCUCUGUGUGCUUCACCCUCCUUAGCCAUGAUGCAUGGCCCCACUUAACUCCAUCCAGAUGCAGGCAGCUGUGUGCACUCUGCUGGCUGGUGAGGGCGGCUCCAGGCAGUCUGUAGCAGUGACGCCUCUGGGUGGAUGCCUUUAUUUUCUAAUAACUGCACCCGGAACAGGGACAAUGCUCAGAGGUCUGAUGGCAGCUGCACCUCGGACUCCAGACAUGUAGGUGCCUCUGUGGACUGAGCUGCAGUACGGGUUUCAUUUAUGCUUAAAGUGUUUUGUCAGUUAUGUUCUGACAGAAUCACUGUCUGUGUUUAGAGCCACAUGUUUGGAUGUGUAGAAUUCACAUCAGGUCUGUGAACAUUGCUUUAGCGUAAUGAGAGAAGGUUUAGAGAAAGAUGGUGGUUUUGGUUUGAUGGGUAUAUACAUUUAACCAAACCCACCAUCCUUCCUGAACCUAAGGCACUUCUGUUGCCUAAGCCUGAACAUAUACAGUACAGUAUACUGUGUUGUUUCUUCAGAUUUCUUGCUCAGAUGGAUAGAAACAUCACUUGAUUGUAUUGCUUAAGGUAAAAGUUGAAAAUCAGCAGCACACAGGACGUAGUUUGUAAAAAUAUCUUGAUCCAAAUGUGAUCUCUGGUGUUUCCUAAAUCAGUCAUGACAUCAUCAGAUGUAAACCUUUAAAAGGUGACAUGCUUCAGACACAAGUGAAUGAGUCAGAUGAUGAAUGAGGCGUCCUCCCCCGCCGAGGAGUGACAUCAUCCAGCAGAAGAGCUCGAAUUUGGAGCCUGCAAUUAAAAACAAUGUGAGGGGGGGAGGCUCUGGUGCUGGGGGACGUCAGUGGAGUUUGGACAGCUGGGAGAAAGCAUGAAACCCUCCUGGAUCAAAAACACUUCAGACAAACCUUUUAUUCACCCACAAACCCAGAUGUGAGUUGGUGUCGGGUCCCGAGUUGCACACACACCAGUCUGACUUCAAACCUUUUUAGGGUUGGAUUGAAGUGGGAAAAAGAGAAAGUGGGAGACAAACAUGAAAACAGAUGCUUCUCACUCAAAUAGAUUUUUAAUAUAUUAAACUCUGUUGCUUUGGUGGUGCUUCAAACUGGAGGACCGAAAGUGCCGAUUUGGAGUUGCAGACAUUUAGAAAGGUAAUUAAAUCUGCCAAUUUAAAUCUUUUUGUAUUUUAAUUAGUAACAUUUGAGUUUUUUUCUGCUGAAAGAACCAACUGAAAAUUUAUAAAUGAAAAACUAAAAACAAAAUGAAAUAAAGGCAUUGCAGUUUGUGAGAGCUGAACUUUAUUUUCACCCUGCACAAGCUGCCAGGACAAAUGUUCAUUCCACCCAUCAGCUACUGUUUACUGCUUAAAUUAAUUUAGAAAAGGUUUCUGAAACAAGUCACUUCCUCAGCUAAGAGCAGUAUACGUAGAAGUAUAUUAAAAUAUUUCAUGUUCACAACUUUCACAAAAUUUGCUGUUCUAUGUUUCGCAGUUCGUGUUGUCAUCACAGUAGAUGUGUCAAAAACGUCUUGAAAAAGAAAUGUUAACUAAAACCAACACAAAUGAGGAACAAAAACACCAGCGAAAGAAUAAUCUGAGGUUCAUGAUUGAUGCAUAAAAGGGUUAGAUUGUCAACGAGAUCCAGACGUUUCCAAAGAGGGGAGUGCAUCUAAAAUGAUGCACAUGAAGAAUAUUUGAUGUGUGCACAUCACAAAGCUUCACAGGACACGAUUCACAUUAUGCAACAUACGGUAUGUAGAUGAUAUAAAGGGUUUUAUAAGUUCAACAUCAGGGUGUUAAACAGUCGCGGUGUGAAGCCGUUACAGUGAAAUGUGACUAAUCCUGAACGCGUCUCUGCUAUUAACUCAUAUUUUUCCUUGUGUUUUGUUGGAAUCAGUAACAGCUUUAAGAAGACGCAGCAUCUCGUCCUGCUGUCCAAGAUCGACGACAAGCUGGAGCAGUACACGCACGCCGUGGAGAACUCUCAGGAGGCCCGGAUGGCGAAAGCAUCGCUGAGCGACCUGCCUAGCUCACCUGAGGUCAUCGCCUCCAAGAAGAACCUGUUUGAGGCUGGAGAGGCCUGGAGCCAAAGCCCCACAAAGGGAGCCACCUGCAAGGACACUGAGGGUCUGAAGGUGGGGGUGGCCGGCCUGAUCACUCAGUGGGUGAAGGGCCCUUGUGAUGGCAGCAGCGCGUCGCCCUGCAGACCAGCUGAUGUGAAAGCUGGAGACGUGAUGCAGAAGAAGAACAUGUGGGAAAUCAUCGGAGACUCAUCAGGGAGGCCGGGACAAAGAGCCACAAAGAACACAGCAGCUGGUAAAAAGUACAAAUUUGUCAUCACUGGUCACGGGAAAUACGAGAAGGUUGCCGUGGACGACGAGAAUGGUGUGUAUCGCUAUGAUUGCUGAGCUGGUGCUAUCUCUUCAAAUGGUUUUCAUCUUUUAGAAACUUCCGCUGGCUGAAAGAAGAAGCUCUAUAACAUUUGCAGGCUCAGUAUUUCAUUUAUAUCCAAAACAUCAUUUUUUUCUGACUUUCUCAGUCAGACAUGUACAAACUCCAGAGCUCAAAUCCCAAAUCUGUUUCCUCUUGGUUUUUAUAUUUCCUGACAUUCUGUUCCUGUUAUUUUGUACACAUGUGGCUGUGAGCUUUACCCUCUGCUUCCUUCUCCACUACAGUGUUUAGGU